AGCGCCAUUCAUUGCGCUUAUCAGUGGACAUUGCGUGCAUAAUUAAACGUGAUUGCAAAACUACCCCCAAUUUGCACCCUCAUUUGCCAUCUUGUUGGGGACAUCGAUCUAUCCCCCACAUCGGUCAAUGUUAAUGGAAAUAGUUCCAUCACGGGUUGAAAAAAGAGAAGAAGAAAAAACCUUCACCCGCAAGGACGUUGCUAAAUCAGGAAACUACAUUCGUGGCUGUGUGGGUUAGUCGUCGUGAAAACACAACCGUUACCCAAGGGUUCGAGGCCACCGGAUGAUGAUUGCUAGUUUGUUCGUAGAAUAAAUCAAUCAACUACGCCUGAGGGGCCCUCUGACCCGGACGGAACGAGUGUGUUCUUGGAGUGCCGGCAAUGCAGAGUCUGUUGCGGGAUUGAAAACGUCGAAAUUCCAUUACUGAAGCUGAUCCGCAACGGUACACGGUAUGACACGAAUACGGACGGAUUCGAUCGGAUUGCGAUCGGGCGGCGGCGUCAGUGAACCCACCGCCAGCACCGGUUCAUCGUACGAAGGGCUGGUGACACCGUCGCCAGAAGCGACCGAAACGGCGGCGGUGGUGAUGGAAAGUUCCAUCAUGGACACGGACACGGGCCUACCGAAUGAUGCGAGCGAGAUGGUGGUCGCCGUAGAGGACGUGGUUUCGUCGAUCCACCAAUCGGCGGUCGCCCUAAUGAACGGAGUGGCUGUGGCCGCGAGCGCGAACAUCAAUAACAUCAGUAACAACAACAACAGAGAGGAUGAUAAGCGUGCCGAUAAGGGUGCAAAGCGUGACCAGCGCUCCCAGAUUAUUGAUGAUUUUGCCAGCAACGAUGACGACGAGCAGCAGCGAGCUGUAAACGCGAUUCACGCUCAUGAUAGUAGCGUUGAACUGCGGUGCUACGCAGCCGCGGCCAGUGGCGGCGGUGAUGUUGAUAACGAGCACCACAGCAUCGGUAUGCUGGUAGACGGGGCAACGGUCGGUGCGACCGAAAUCGCGAUCGAAAGUAUCUCGGAGACGGUGGUCGACGAAGCCCAGCACACGGAACCGAUCGUUGGGGAGGAAGAGGUGGUGCCAGAUAUUCCGUUCCAGGACUCCACGAAGCAGGAAUGUAUUGGAAACGAUGAUGACGGUGACGAUGAUGAUGAUGAUUUCACGGAGGACGAAGAUCCGUUACUGCAGGAAACGUUUAACGCGCUCAUCAACGGAACAGGGGGGAUCGAGGUGGUGGAUACGAGCGAGCGGAUUUCGCCAUCACCAGAAGAACAGAACGUCUCGGACGGUGCUGGCGGUGGGGAUCCGAUUGCUACUGCCGGUGACGGUGGCCCUGUUGAGGAGCUGGCGGAGUCGGAUCGGAACUAUGAGUGCACCUACUGUGGGAAGCUCUUCACACGCUCCAACACGCUGUCGUAUCACUUGAAGGUACACACCGGUGAACGGCCCUUCAAGUGCAAGCAUUGCGCGAAAGCGUUCCGCGAGCACUACCGAUUGGUGAAGCACCUCAAGACGCACGCCAAGCACGGGGGUUGCCGAGAACGAGACCGGUAUCGGUUGGAGCGCCGUGAAGAGCGCGCCCGAAUGGCACUGCAAGCUCAGCAAGCAUCGAGUCGGUUGGUCUCGGCGGUGGCCGUGAAGACAACGACGCCGAUGGCUGCCGCUGCCGGUUCGCCCGAGGAAGACUACACCACGGGUGACAGUGAGCGGUUCUUCAAGACGUACGAGCUAGCCGACGGACCGGAGGCCAUGAAGCUGGAGCCCGACAUUUCGCUUACGGUCGAGGGAGUGUCCGAAGGAGCGGUAGCGGCCAUGGCUGACGUGCCAAUGUUGGAGGAAACGGUGGAACGAUGUGAGGAGGAAGAGAUCGGUGCCGCUGAGGAAGCCACCGCGUCACUGCUGGCGGGCGAGGGAACGACCGACGUUCGGUAUCAGAUCAUCGAAGAGCGUAUCAAGUCGUUGCAGCGCGAGGUGCAUUUGGUCAACCAGAACCUGAACCGUGUCGAGUCCAAGGUCGACGGGUUGACGCGUAUGAUCUCGCUUUUUAUUGGCAAGUUUGAAGAAGAUCCAGCAGCCCUCGGUGAUGCCUCGUCAGGGGCUGCGACAGUAGGUGGCCAGACCGUUGCGUCCGUGACCGUCGAACCGCCGCUGGUUCCGUCUUCAGCGCCAACCAUUCCACAUUCCCCAGCACCACCAUCCCCUGUGGCGGCAGCGGUUGUUGCAGUGCAGCCGAAGACUACGGUGCUUUUGGCCACGAACAACCACCAAAACGUCCACCAUCAGCAGCAUCCGCUGGCAGUUAGCAGCGCACAGCACCCGUUGGUUUACGGUGCGGGAACCGUGCUCUCAACGAUAAGCCCACUUCCGACCACCGUGACACAGGUGUCGCAACCUCAGACACUGGUUCCGGAACGUGAAACUCGCAGCAGCAACGUCCACAGCAACAAUCCGGCCCAGUUCUAUCAUCGCUCACUAACACCCGCUCCUGCCCAGCAGACCCAGCUCGCUCUCGGUGGCAAUCAGCUGCUCGAUACAUUCCCGGACGUGCCGGAACUACCGAUCCGGACCGUGGGCGAUUUUCUCGAUCUCAACGAUCACUGCACCGAUAACGAGCAGUUCCUUCUCCAGAUGAUGAUUCGCUUGCACUCGGAAAUACACAACUCGCAGCCAUUCCAGCGCAACAUCAAACGGAUGAUGGAAGCCCUCGUCACGUACGAGGUCCUGUGUCAGUUUAGCUGGAGCGGUAAAUCGGCCAUCAACGGACAGUACACCAAGUACGUGUUUGGCAACAGUCUCGGCAUUAUCGAUCUGCUGACGAAGACGCUCAAUCUAGGCAAGAGCGCCAAGGAAGCGGAAGCAAACCAGAAGCCCAUCUUUGCGGCCAUUCAGAGCUUUAUCAAACACUCGCGCCAGAACAUGAUCCGCGAUAGCCGCAAGCGGCGUGAUCCGAUGCGGGCCAGUUUGGUCGGUGCGGCAAUGGCAACCGCCAGUGCCGUGGCGGACAGUACGACGUCAACGGGAAGCUACCUGGUGGCUACCCCGACGCAGUCAGGAGACUGUCCCCCGGAACGACAUCAGCUCAUCAAGCAGAUCAAAACGGAGUACCAACACCAUUCGCAUCCGGAAGAGUUGGUUAAUCCGUUCUAGAAGGAUGCGCAAACCCCUCUCCUCGUGGGGCCAUACAUUAAAGCUGUCCCAUGUAAAUAGCUACUAUCCCAACAACCACGUAUUUAAUGUUGAUAAAAUAUUGAACAAAACUCUAAACUCUUGUAAGGAUGUCCCGUUAUAGCUAAGAAGAUUCUUCCUUCACGGAGGAUUUAUUGUUUUUAUAUAGUUAGUUUAAUGUUUUUAUUUCCCCACUUCAUACUAUAAUGCUUAAAAGUGUAGCUUUCGAUCUACAAUUUAUUUGCUAUCUCUCGCGCGCAUCGCUCGGGAACACCUAACGGACUAUACAAGAUUGUUUCGAUUGUUGUUCCAGUUGUUGGGGACCGUUUCAUGGUACGGUGAAGAUCAGCUACGUGAUCAUUGGCUGCUACUGAUCAUUACUUAGGGUGAGCCCUGCUAACGGGCGACUUUUGAGGGACAAAGAUAGCUUCAACUCCGCUGAAUUCAAAGCAUGAAAAAUAAAUUAGUGCAAAGUGAAAAGAGAUAGAGAGAGAAAUAAAGAUAGAUAGAGAAAGAAGGAGAGAGAGGUA